AUGUCUUCUUCUCAAACCACUUCACAAGAGCUCUCCGACAUGAGAAACACUCAGCCUCUGGAGACUGACCAGCCCAAGGCCCAGAAUUCCAUGGAUCCUCAAAAGGCCCCCGAGACUACAGAACCUACCCUCGAACUUCGAGGAGGUGGUGCCUGCGAUGGUAGACUCUGUGGCGUCAUUCCCUGCCCGAUCCCAGUCAACUGCUGGAUCAUCCCUUGCCCAUGCUGUUAA